CUGCAUAGGUGCCUCCUCACAGGCCGCAUCUCAAACACCUCACUAUAGUCUAUUUCAAGUAGUCAAAAUAGCACGCGGACACCAACAACACGUGCAUCACGCGAGGAGGAAGAAGCCAACCGGCGCGUGAACUCAAUGGAAUUAACGUUCAUAUAGCCGAUGCCUUUUAUUUAGUCCUGUAGUCUCUCUCUCUCUUUCUCUCUCUCUCUCUCUUUCUCUCUUUCUCUCUGUGUGUGUGUGCGCGCGCGCGCGAUUUAGGACGAAUCCCAGUGUUGCGUAGGUUCCAGUAAGAAACUCGUGCGCUUCGCACGCGCUGAUAUUCCGGUUGUGCUCGGCGCUCGUGCGGGUUUCUGUGUGAGUCUUGAACACGGCAGAAUGGAGGAUUUUGGCGCGUUGCCAUGGAACAGGUGGUGGUGGUGGUGCGGUCAGGAUUUCAUGAUCUAAAGCGAAACUUCCUGAAACGCGAUGACUCCUCUUGUAUCGAGAAUAGUGACAUAACAAAGCGUUGAGGAAUUUAACGAGACCCGAAAACAAACACUGUGGGAUCAGGACUUUGUGAUUUUAACCCUAUCUCGAGCUGGACAGAAAUGCUGAUAUUUGUUUUUGUGCUGUGUGGCUUCACUUUUUGUGGACUCUGUGUGUGUGAGAGAGAUACAGAAAGCUUCAAGCAGGUAGAGGACAGAAAUGCAGUGUUUACGGAAGAGCAGGAGGCCAAUACCUUUUUAGGACGCCACCUGCUGUACAACCGAUUCGACUUUGAAAUCUUCACCCCGGGGAAUUUGGAGAGAGAGUGUCUCGAGGAGGUGUGCAACUACGAGGAAGCACGCGAGGUUUUUGAAAAUAUUCCAGACACAGAUGCUUUCUGGAAAAAGUAUACAGAGGCUCAGGAUCAGGGGCAGAAAAUCGAUGUGACAGCUCUGUUGGUGGGCCUCAUCGCAGGUGGAGUGGCCAUCAUCAUAGUGGGUCUCCUGAUCUGGUAUUCCUGCCAGAACAAAUGCAAAAAUAAGCCCGUCAGGACUCGUUCGAGACGCAGUAAUGCCUCUGUGAUCAUUAGGAGGCUAGAGGAGGUGUCGCUGCACCCCAUCCCUGCUCCUCCUUUAUCAGAUGAAAUGGAAACACAUGGUCUCCCCUCAUAUGACCAGGCCAUCGCUAUAUCUGGACCACACGAUGCUCCACCACCGCCAUAUCCUGGGUCGAGACCAGGCACCAUUCGACGAUAACCCAAACCUGUCAUAAAAAAAACCCUGUAUUGGGUGUUUCUUAAUUUAAACCAGAAGCUGUAAUGUUUUGUUAUAAACUUAUGUUUUAUUUCAGAAUCACUUAUAGAGCUACGUAGUUAUUAAUAAUGUACUGGUUUUACACUAAUUAGAAAGUUGCCAUAUACUGCUUAAUUUAUCUAAUAUUUGAAUGCUUCAUUGCGUCUGCAUUUUGCAGUGCUGAAUAAGUAGCUAGUUAGCCAGGUCAUUUCAGUUUACGCUUGUGAAAGAAGCACACUAAGAUUAUGCUAAAUGCAAGUAGUCUGUAAUGCAGUUGUGUCUGUGAGGGCUUCUGAUGAAGGAAAAUAGUGAAGAAAGUUUUGAAGAAAAUUGUGAAAACUGCAUAUAGACCUCAGUUGUUUCCCAUUAACCCUGACCUACCAAACAAAACCAGCUUUACCUCUCAUUUUGAUAAUGGUUGUUUAUAUGCUUAUAAUUAAUAAUCAUUUCUUUAUAUUUUGUUAACUAUGUCUCAUUCUGUUCAUCUUUUGUCCUGUCUGUAAUUGUUGAAUGAACCCACACAAAUCAGAACCCAGUUUUGUAAACUAAGAUUAUUGCAGCUUUUUUUUUCUACUAAAAAAAGGAUGUGGUUUUGGGGAAAUAAGAUGGUCAACCAAAGGUGGCUGACCAUUUCUUUGCUUUUAAUGUUUUGAUAAUUAUGUCUGUUUGCCACAGCAGAUAGAGCUAAUAUAUGUUUAAUACAAAGUAAUUAAUGAAAUAAAUUAACAUGAAAAUAA